CUCCUGCGACUCCAGCUUGUUCCAAAAACAUUGCCGACAGCGGGUGUAGGUUGAGGAGUCUCUCCGAGUAGGAACCGUACAAUUAUCUCCGCAAAAAUGCCGGUGUGCAACUUCUUUAUGCAGGGUCGUUGUCGUUACGGCGAUAAAUGCUGGAACGAGCACCCGAGGGGAGGAAACAAAGGAGGUGGAGGAGGUUAUAACGACGGCUACAGCCGCUCCUCCGGUCAACAGCAGCCCAGAGGAGGAGGUGGAGGGUUUGGAAACAGAGUCUGGGUGAAUCCUUCCCAGCAAAAAGGAGGCUACAUCCAGCCAUCCUCCUUCUCCUCCCAUGGAAGUGAUGACUGGGGACGUGGAGGAGGUGGCGGUAGAGGAGGAGGAGGAGGAGGAGGAGGAGGAGGAGGCGGCAAUGACUGGGGCAGAGGAGGAGGAGGAGGAGGCAACGAUUGGGGCAGAGGAGGAGGAGGAGGAGGAGGAGGAGGGAAUGACUGGGGCAGAGGAGGUGGAGGGAGAAGAGAUAACUUGAAGAGCUCCGAUUUCAGUUUCUCCAGUCAGAACAGAUUUUCAACUCUUAAUACAGCUAACACCUUUGACAAGGGAGGAAAGGGAGGAGGAGCUGGUGAUGAAGACGAUGAUAAAAAACUGGAGGUCAUUCAGGCGGACAUGGAGAGUUGGGAGAGCUCAGGACAGUGGGGCUUCUCGUGUUAUUCAAACGCCAAGACGACUAUUUCCGGUCUGGCUGAUCUCUCUCCAGAAGAGCUCAGGCUGGAGUACUGCAACGCAAGAGCUUCUGGAGAUCUGCAGAGUUACCUUAACGGCGUCAAUCAGUUGCUCAGCCAGUGGAAAAACAGAGUCCAGGAACUGAAGGUUAUGAGUCCAUCUACUCGUGCAGCAUUGCUUGCAGAGUUAAGUGGCACAGCUCCUCAGGCUCCUCCAAGGGGCUUUGGUUCCUCAACAGCGACUGGAUUUGGAUCAUCUACAUCCGGCUUUGGAAGCAAAGGCUUCGGGGCCCCAGCACCCUCCCAGUCCAGUAGUUUCAGCUUCGCUUCUGCAGAUACCGGUUUUGGCUCCACAGCUGCACCUUCAUCCUCGACAGGGUUCGGUGGUUCCUUCACAGCUCCUACACAGCCCCCCUCCGGGUUCGGCUCCAACUCUUCGGCGUCAUCUUUCUCCUUCGCCAUGACAUCCACCGACAAACCGGCUGCACCUUCAGGAUUCGGAGCUUCGGCGUUCAGCUUCGCUCCAGCAAACUCUGGCGGAGGAUUUCCUGUCACCGCAGGGAGCGGCGGUGGUUUUGGACAGGCGAGCGGAGGAUUUGGGGCAGCGGCUGCUCCUUCUGCUCCAGGAGCCGGGUCUGCUGCUGCCGGGGCAUCGGACAGCCUGUUUUCAAGUGAGAGCACACUGACUGAAGAAGAACUGAAUCAGUUCAAGGCUAAGAGAUUCACUCUAGGCCAGAUUCCCCUGAAGCCUCCUCCUGCUAACAUGCUAUUGGUAUGAUACACGUGGAUAAGCUCAUAAAAACAAAGAUAAUUUAAACAAAUGAUUAUGAUUUUUGUCCGCAUAGCAGCUUCCAAAGUGCUUGAGUUGUAAUAUUAUGCGAUAAUAUCAGUGUUGGCAAGGGAAACUGAGUUUGGUUGCAGUUAAGAUUUUUGUGUACAUUACCUUUUAUGUACUGCUGUACAAUACACAUACUUUAAACUCUCGUCGAGUGAAAUUUUUUGGAGAUAAUGUCCUGAAGUGGUUUUCCUGUUUGUGGGGAUGUCGAGCGUAGUUGUUAAGCAAUUUUUCCGAAGCUUUAUUUGAAUCGCGGCCUGAUCAAAUAAACAAGUUACAGCAAAACAAUAAAAAAUAUACAGAUUUAUGUAUCAGGUUUCUUUUUAAAAUAAUGGAGGUAGCUGUUGAUCCAGCUGCGUUUGGAUUUUAGAGAGUGGUUUGUUGCACUGACAUAUGUUCCCAUUGUAAUGACAGCCCCGUUGUAGUCAGUGGGCUGGGCUAAAUAACAAACACUAGUGUUUUAUUCAGUCCACAUUAACAGCUACACGCCUUUCUGACGCUGCUGUAGCAUAAACUGAAUGUUACAACAUUCAUGAAGGGGAGUUUACUGCAGGAGUGUUGUAUGACAAUAAAUGUGUUUGCACUAGUGUACCUAA